CAUCCUUGGAUUGAUUACAGCUGUCACUUCCAUUUGUUGACUGAAAAUUUCGAGGAAAGUAACCUCGUUAGGCCAUCAAAAAUUGUUUACACCUGUUGAUUUUUCUUUUGAAAUAUUAUUUGACAAAUUCCUCAAGUUAUGGCAACUGGUUCAACUAGAAGGAUCUUAGUAGAAACUAAAAAUUUAUCGAAGGAUCCCCCUCCAGGUAUUAGUGCUAAUCCAGAUGAAAGCAAUUGCAGGUAUUUUCAUGUUGUUAUGGCUGGGCCUAGCGGAUCGCCUUAUGAAGGUGGUCUAUUCAAAUUAGAAUUAUUCUUACCAGAGAACUAUCCGUUAUCUCCUCCCAAUGUACGAUUUUUGACGAAAAUUUACCACCCUAAUAUAGAUAAGUUAGGUAGGAUUUGUCUGGAUAUACUCAAAGACCAGUGGUCUCCCGCAUUACAAAUCAGGACAGUAUUAUUAUCAAUUCAAGCUUUAUUAAGUAGUCCAAAUCCUGACGAUCCUUUAGCAAAUGAUGUGGCCAAUAUGUGGAAAACUAGAGAACAAGAUGCCAUACUGAAAGCCAAAGAAUGGACUAGGUUAUAUGCAAUGGAAUGAAUUCCUGCAUAGUUCUGUAGUCUCAAAUUUUUGUGAAAAAUUGCAUUUCCCAAUAAAAGACAUUGAUUUUCAAAAUUUCCUCGUAAUUUUAGGGAUUCUCUGAAAUGCCAAUUUGAAUUAUAGGGUUGUUUUAGACAGACCUCAUUUUAAUACUGAUUUGUGGCCAGAUCAGUUUAUCGCAUGUUAUUAAAUCUGAUAUUUGUAUCAUAUGUGUCAUUCCUUGCGUCUAAGAGCAAUAAAUUGCUUAAGUGAAUUCAAGGUAAUAUGUGAUAGUAAAGUGAUAAUGUUAUAAAUUGACUUGUGAAGAGAAUCGAAGCUGACUAUGUCUUUUAAAUUAUUAUUCAAUACCUAGGUUUUAUUAAUGUGGCUCAAAGUUUUAGUUAAAUCAAUAUUUAUUUUCAUCAAGAAUGAAAUCAAUAGUAAAGAAAAGUUUACACUCCUCGCAUAUGUUGAAUCUAUAAUGACAAGGUGUAUUUUUAUUAAAGUUUUUCAAUGAUUAAUAAUAGUCAUGAUUUCAAUACAAAUCAGGAGUCUCAAAAUUUACAAGUCAUUAUUUCUCUUGCUCCUUUUAAUUACUUUACAGGUUUUUUAUUAUAUUGAAUUUGAAAAUUAUAAUUAAGGUAUACAUUGUGCUAAAAAUAAUGAAUAUUAAAUUAAAAACCUUUAAAAAUAAUAAGUAUGUGUUGAACAUCUGAAAAAUUACUUUUAUUGAAAUUUUGAGAACCUUAUCAAGAAAAAGAAAGCGAACUAAGAUAGCAAUUUUCAAUUUUAAAUGAUUUCAAUAUGUUUUCAUCCUACAUACAUAAAUUCAGUUUUAUCAAUGAAAAGUAUUCUGUAAAAAAAUGCACCUUGUAAUAUUUAUUGCUUAAUACUAUCCACAUAAGUUAGAUAUCUUUUAGUUAAUUUACCUCACAUACAUGGCUGUUGAAGUAUUCUAAUUAUAGAAUCUUAAUGGUUUAGAAAAUGUUUAUAAAAAUGUUCUUGAAGUGACAAUAAUUGGAAAAUUGUCGGUAAGAAAUUUUUAUUUGGUGCAUACCUAUAUGUUCAUUUGAAAUAAAACGUACUUUUGUUACAA